AUGAGAGCUGGUGCGGCACACAAGCGAGAUGUGUUGCCGCACAGCAUUUCCGGCUUACGCUCGAUACGUUGGCUGGCACCAUGGGCAUAUGCGCGAGCCGUGGUGAUUGGCUGGGCACAGAGGCUCGGCACACGGUGGCACAGCGGCCGCCAACUGCUCGGCUCGGAGGCUGAGCAGAAUGAGUACAACCGCAACAUCAACUUGGCGAAGAGGCCGACACCGAUCGACCGCAAGCGGCCACGCGAGGACGAGUCGGCGUUUCUCAAGCCGCGCGAGGUGGGGCAGAAGGGAGCUGCGGCCACGCUGCCAGAGGCCAGCACUCCCGACGUGCUGCGCGACUGGAUGACGGAAGCUGAGAUCGAGGACGUGGCUGUCUCCGAUACCGUUUACGGCUCAGAGGAGCGCACGCGCGGCGAGUGGUUUGCCGCGUAG